AUGAACCCCCUGCUCCGCCGCCUGCUGCUUGCUGCGCUCCUGCAGCUGGCCCCCGCCCAGGCCCCGGUUCCCCAGCCUGAUGCCCCUGGGCACCCGAAGAAAGUGGUGUCCUGGAUGGACGUGUAUGCCCAUGCCACCUGCCAGCCGCGGGAAGUGGUGGUGCCCUUGUCUGUUGAGGUUAUGGGCACCGUGGCCAAACAGCUGGUGCCCAGCUGUGUGACCGUGCAGCGCUGCGGCGGCUGCUGCCCCAACGACGGUCUGGAGUGUGUGCCCAAUGGGCAGCACCAAGUCCGAAUGGAGAUCCUCAUGAGCCGCUACCUGAGCAGUCAGCUCGGGGAGAUGUCCUUGGAGGAACACAGCCAGUGUGAAUGCAUACCAAAAAAGAGGGAGAGUGCUGUGAAGCCAGAUAGCCCCAGGCCUGUGUGCCCACGCCGUUGCCAAGGGCGGGGCUUAGAGCUCAACCCAGACACCUGCUGCCGGAAGCUGCGAAGGUGACAUACUGCGCUCCAGACAGGGGUGCUGCUGUCGCAUAGGCCACUGGCAGU